AUGGACAGGUCAUCUCGUUCCGACGUGUCGUGGCUAAACUCCCCGUCAGACCUGAUGGAGCGUCUAGCUGUUCCUGAAGCAUCUUGUCCUGUAGUCGUCAACACCACGGAGGCUUCUUGUAGCAGAAAGUAUCAAGUGUUAAGAUGUGAAGAAGCAAGCGAAAAUGCCGGUGAUCAGCCAUGUGUUCUUUACGUAGUCACUGACAAAAUUCAAAGCUCGGCUGAAAACUUGUAUGUCACCCAUUGCCAAGUGGAGCAAAUCGUGCUUGGCGUCAACAAGAGUGAAAAUCCUUUUUUGAAGCCGCAUACCAAAUUUGCGAAUUUACCGUUACAUGGCGACGUUCAUCCUCGACAGCGAUAUCUUUCAAUACACAUUUCUAGCGGUUCUCCGAUCUCGAGGGUGAUUCCUCUUCUACUCUCUAGCGGAUUGUUGCUUCUGACAUAUCAAGUUCUCGCAGAGCUUCAUUUGGAUACACGCAAAGAAUCGUUGGCACAGGCCCCUACCUUGCGGAGUUACUGGCGUCAGCUGGAGUCUUUAUCGUCUUUGGGGUUCAAAAGAGUUGGAUUGCUGACAGAUAUCGGUGACUAUCCGAUACAUGCCUUCCAAUUGCAAGAGAAUGAAUCAUGUCAUCAAAACAGGGAAAUGAGCGGAAACGGAAGAAGAAGUGCAGCAAUAAAUGAAUUAGAAUAUGGAGGACAAAGUAACGCUUUGAAAAAGGAGGUAGAAAAAAGUCGUAUUGCUGUUCUUUACGUCUUUGCAUCCAACCCAACCAACUCGAAAGGAAAGAAAUUAUUAGCCUGAAAUCAAUGUGAAAUAGAAAACUUUGAUAAAAUGUGUAGGUAUAUGAUUGUUCAUUAUUAUUUUAGUAUGUUUGGGCUUACGGAGUGCAAAGUUACCAAUCAAUUAUUCUUUAAAACAAUUUUCAUUUUCGAACACAACAAGAUUUAUUUUUUCUUAUGAGUUUUCACAUAAUAAGUCACCCCACAUAUGUACAUCUUUUGUUUACUUCUAAAUUUCGUACCGCCAAAAAUUAAAACAUAGAGUUGUGAAUCUAUCGUAUAUUUUGAACCACGAGUGACGAUGGUCGAAAUUUUUGAGCUUUUUCAAAAUCGAAAUGCACGGCAAAAAAUAGGAAAAAAACAUACAAAUUUUUACUGAUGAAUAUAUAAUUUAUUUAUAGUGUAAUAGUAGUAUAAUAUUUUUCGUCUGUUAUCCACAGUAAUAUACUGGAUGAAUUAGGAAUAUACUGGAUAACUCUGAUA